AAAAACACACAACUCCUUUUCAAAAUUAAACUUACAACGAAAUGGCCGGCAUUGAAGGUUCUCCCGGCAGCUCGAUGCACGGGGUCACCGGCAGGGAGCCCGUGCACGCCUUCUCCGUGGCGUCCCCGAUUGUUCUGACGGACACCACGGCGAAGUUCGAUCUGCCGGUGGACUCGGAGCACAAGGCGAAGCAAUUCAAGCUGUUCUCGUUCGCGGCUCCUCACAUGAGGACGUUCCAUCUCUCGUGGAUCUCCUUCUUCACCUGCUUCGUGUCGACGUUCGCGGCGGCGCCGCUGGUGCCGAUCAUCCGAGACAACCUGAACCUGACGAAGAGCGACAUCGGGAAUGCCGGGGUGGCGUCGGUGUCGGGGAGUAUCUUCUCGAGGCUGGUGAUGGGGGCGGUGUGCGACCUGCUGGGCCCGCGCUACGGCUGCGCGUUUCUCGUGAUGCUCUCGGCGCCCACCGUCUUCUGCAUGUCCUUCGUGUCGUCGGCGGGGGGCUACGUGGCGGUGCGCUUCAUGAUCGGCUUCUCGCUCGCGACGUUCGUGUCGUGCCAGUACUGGAUGAGCACCAUGUUCAACAGCAAGAUCAUCGGCACCGUCAACGGCACCGCCGCCGGCUGGGGGAACAUGGGCGGCGGCGCCACGCAGCUCAUCAUGCCCGUGCUCUACGACAUCAUCAGGAACGCGGGGUCCACCCCCUUCACCGCGUGGAGGAUCGCCUUCUUCAUCCCCGGGUGGCUCCACGUCAUCAUGGGGAUCCUCGUCAUGACUUUAGGGCAGGACCUGCCCGACGGCAACCUCAGCGCCCUCCAGGAGAAGGGCGAAGUCGCCAAGGACCAAUUUGGCAGGGUGCUGUGGUACGCGGUCACCAACUACAGGACAUGGAUCUUCGUGCUCCUCUACGGCUACUCCAUGGGAGUCGAGCUGUCCACGGACAACGUCAUCGCGGAGUACUUCUACGACAGAUUCGACCUGAAGCUCCAUCUCGCCGGAAUCAUCGCAGCCACAUUCGGGAUGGCCAACCUCCUCGCCCGCCCCUUCGGGGGAUUUGCGUCCGAUUACUCGGCCAAAUAUUUCGGAAUGAGGGGAAGGCUGUGGACGCUGUGGAUCCUCCAGACCACGGGCGGCGUCUUCUGCCUUCUCCUGGGGAGGGCCGAUUCGCUUCCCAUAGCCGUGGCGUUCAUGAUCAUCUUCUCCAUCGGAGCUCAGGCGGCGUGCGGAGCCACCUUCGGGGUGAUCCCCUUCGUCUCCCGGAGAUCACUGGGAGUGAUCUCCGGGCUGGCCGGGGCGGGAGGGAACUUCGGGUCGGGACUGACGCAGCUGCUCUUCUUCUCGACGUCGAAAUACACGACGGAGAUGGGGUUGGAGUAUAUGGGGAUAAUGAUAAUAUGCUGCACGCUGCCGGUGAUGUUGGUGCAUUUCCCGCAGUGGGGGAGUAUGUUUUUCCCUCCCAACAAGAAGGCCUCAGAGGAGCACUACUACACCUCUGAGUACAACGAGGAGGAGGUGCAGAAGGGUAUGCACCACAAAAGCCUCAAGUUCGCCGAGAACAGCCGCUCCGAGCGUGGCAACCGCAUCGCCUCCGCCGGAACCCCACCCAACGCAACUCCCAACUAUGUUUGAUCUCAUGCAAUAAUCCAAGGAAGAACAUCAACUUACACAGUUAUAAUGCAUUUCAUUUUCCCUGUGAUCAAUUACUCCAUUGAUCAAUAUGUAUCCCAAAUUUUCGAAUUCUUAGGCUCUGAGUCAUUGAAACUGGAAUGAACAAGUCCAGAUCACUGUCUGACGAUUUGUUGUAUUUUUAAAGUCAGAUAAUGAAUAUAUAAAAGAAAAAGAUGCAUCACAUUAGAUUCC